CUAGUCAGAUUUGUUUUGGCCGAGCCACGAUGGGAAUUCCCAACGUCUAUUUCAGCACUCAGUUCUUAAGUUAUAGGGCAGAAGUGAGGAAGCCACUGCCAAUGCACCUGCUCCUGGGGCCAGGCCGGGGGCGGAGCUUGCGUGCUGACGAAGGAAAGCCGUGCGUGCGUGCGGGCUUGCGUAACGAUUCAGAGACUAACGGUCGCUUGGCUUGACACCUCAACUGGCGUUGCUAGUUUUUUUGUUUUUGUUUUUUUCAUCCUGGUGUAACUUUAAAAAGGCAGCUUAGAGGCGCUGCGCUUUCUGGCUUACUGUACUGACUUGCGCCACGCUAAGCAUUUGGGAGUGACUGGAAUUGGAGCGAAAAUGGUGGCUAGGGACGGGGAGAAGUUUUAAAAACCUUUUGGUGCCGCAGUCGGUAACACUGAUAGACUGACCGGUGCUCUGCCUCCCCACAGCCAUCGACCAGGUUUUUUUGUUUGGCUCCGCCAUACCCGUGGCUCCAACAUUCUGCGAAGUCAAGAGGUAGUUCCUUAGAGGUUCGGUGUGGUUCUCAAAAUGUCAACUGUCAAGGAGCAGCUUAUUGAGAAUCUAAUUGAAGAAGAUGAAGUCUCCCAGAGUAAGAUCACCAUUGUUGGAACCGGUGCUGUAGGCAUGGCUUGUGCUAUUUGUAUCUUAUUGAAGGAUUUGGCUGAUGAGCUUGCCCUUGUUGAUGUUGCAGUGGACAAACUGAAGGGAGAAACAAUGGAUCUUCAGCAUGGCAGUCUUUUCUUCAAUACUUCAAAGAUUGUCUCUGGAAAAGAUUACAGUGUAUCUGCAAACUCCAAAUUAGUUAUUGUCACAGCAGGUGCACGGCAGCAGGAGGGAGAAAGUCGCCUUGCCCUGGUCCAGCGUAAUGUGAAUAUCAUGAAAUCAAUCAUUCCUACCAUAGUCCAACAUAGUCCUGACUGUAAGAUGCUUAUUGUUUCAAAUCCGGUGGAUAUUUUGACCUACGUUGCUUGGAAGUUAAGUGGCUUACCUGCAACUCGUGUAAUUGGAAGUGGUUGUAAUCUAGACUCUGCCCGUUUCCGUUACCUAAUUGGAAAGAAAUUGGGUGUACAUCCCACAAGCUGUCAUGGUUGGAUUAUUGGAGAACAUGGUGACUCUAGUGUGCCUUUAUGGAGUGGAGUAAAUGUUGCUGGUGUUGCUCUGAAGACUCUUGAUCCUAAGUUAGGAACUGAUUCAGACAAGGACCAGUGGAAAAAUAUCCAUAAACAAGUUAUUGGAAGGGCUUAUACGGAAUAAAAGAAGAAAUCUUUCUCAGCAUCCCUUGUGUCUUGGGGCGAAAUGGUGUCUCAGAUAUUGUGAAAGUUAACUUGAAUGCUGAGGAGGAGGCCCUUUUCAAGAAGAGUGCAAACACGCUUUGGAAUGUCCAAAAAGACUUGACGUUUUAAAACCUCUUGAUGUUCCAUGUUUUAUAUAACUGUAUAGUAGACUGUAUAUUUUAUAUUUGGAAACUAUUUUCAUCUGAUCUAUAAAAAUAAAAAAAACAUUGGACCUAUGACAUAACACCAGUCUCUCAAGGCUAGAAGAAGGAAAUGGUAGAGAUUUUUCUCCUUUAUGAAUCUCUUUAUACCUCUGUUCUAAUGAUACCCAGUCUGUACAGAUUUAAGUUGUACUUUGGAAGAAUGUCACAUAUAUAAUAGUUGCCUUCAGAUUUAGUAGAAUGUAAUAAUAUAGAACUUAUAAUGACAUUAUAAUAUUAUAAUAUAGAACUUAAGAGGGAAUUCCCAUUGUGGCUCAGCAGUAACUAACCUGACUAGCAUCCAUGAGGGCAAAGGUUUGAUCUGUCGCCU